UGAAUCCUUUGCGACGUCAAUGAAUCCAAUGAAUCCAACCCCAUGUCGGGAGCUUCUGGUCCGGCAGCUUUCCAAGGCUGUGUGAGACUGGACUGAGGGUACCUAGUACGCAGUCAGUUAGCAAACGGAGCAGCGAUGAGCUAUGCGUUUAGGACCUGUUCGAGGUUGACACCCUCAACUGUGAGGCAGUUGGCUAGUCGUCGUUACGUUACUACUCGCACCUGUCCCAUAAUACAAAAAGCGAAUACAUUGUCGGCUUCGUAUCGAUGUUUUACAACGACACCCUGUGCUAGAGAAGACUUAAUUGGCAACGAGACCGCUAGAGAAAUCGACCACAAAGAUCAAGACGCACACCAAAAAGAAGUCCGAGCCGGUUUUGAAGAUGCUACGAAGCAACAAAUCAAACGCCCCUGGCAAAGGGAGGGCGCAGAUCAGCCUCCCGUCAACAACGAUUCAAGACUCAUGAACAAGACUAUGACCAAGGGCAAACUCCUAACAACGCCCACCCGACUCCUAAAACUAAUCUUACCCCUACCUGUUGACGCGACACACGACGAGCAAGGAAACAAGGGAGAAUUCCGGUCCCUCGCGCAGAACGAGGAAAUCCAGCCCCUCGCCCUCCUCAUGCACCCCCAACAACCCCUCUCCUACCUCGAGCGGCUAAUCCAAGCCGAGCUCCCGCCCAUCCGGGACAGCGACGGGCGCGAGAAGAUGCCGAGCGUGUACUUCUUGGCCGAGGACUCGGAGAAGGACAAGCAGGGGCAGGAGACGGGCGACAACAAGGACAAGCCGAACGUGGCGUCGUACUCGGGGCUGGGUCGCGAGGGGGCCGACACCCCCGCGGAGCACAAGGAAUGGGUGCGGUGGAGCAGCAGCACGGAGAUCGGGGACUUCAUCCGGGACGCGGCGCGCGGCCGCGAGUUCGCGAUCGAGAUCGUCGGCCACAGCGCCGAGAUGCGCGUCGGCGUGCCCUCCUUCAACGACCGCACCCACUACAUGCGCGUGCGGCUGCGGCGCAUGUCGCGGCGCAUCGACGAGCUGGCCAAGCUCAAGCACGAGUGCGACAUGCUCGCGCACCGGGGCGCGCACCGCAUCGCCAAGGCCGGCUUCGUCGCCCUCUCCGGCUGGUGGGCCGCCGUCUACGUCCUCACCUUCCACACCGACGCCGGCUGGGACCUCAUGGAGCCCGUCACCUACCUCGCCGGCCUCACCAUGAUCAUGGGCGGGUACCUGUGGUUCCUGUUUAUCAGCCGGGACCUCAGCUACCAGGCCGCGCUCAACAUCACCGUCUCGCGCCGCCAGAACGUGCUGUACCAGGAGCGCGGCUUCGACACCCGCAAGUGGGAGGUCCUCGUGCACGACGUCAACGCGCUGCGCCGGGAGAUCCGGACCAUUGCGGAGGAGUACGACGUCGACUGGGACGAGACGAAGGACCUGGGCGGCGAGGGCGUGAAGGAGGUGCUGGAGCACGAGGAGGAGAAGUCGGGGAGGGCGGAGGAGCAUGAGAAUAGAGAACGCAAGGAAAAUGCGCGAGAGAAUGCAAGGCGGAAGCCGGAUAAUGGUGACGGUAACGAGUCAUGAUACCCGAGAAAUACACAUAGAACAUAGAUAGCAAGCAGCACUAGGCGUUUCGUUUCAAAUCUUUUUUUCUUCUUUCGUUUCAUGCUAAGCACCGAAGACGAUUCUUUUUCUUUUCUUUAUACCUGAGUAAAAAAUGGAUCCAUCUCCC